AUGUCGCUUACCCAGGCACUUCUAGAGCAUAAAGAAAGAAGGAAGAAAAAUAGUAAUGCAGUAAUGACUAUGGUCAUCAAACGGUCAAAACCUAAUCCAGCUAUCCAUCAGUCUCGACUUGGUACUGAUGAACUUUUUAUGGCUAUUGAUCCUGAUACCAAGCAACUUGUGUACUAUGAGGAUAGGGCAGACCAAUCAAGAGGGAUACUACAUCUUGACAAGUCAUUGCUUGUUGAUAAUCCUUCGCUCUCUCUGCAUCAUGAUAAGCAGGUUGAACUCUUAUAUUUUGGGGUCAUGUCUCUGGCCUGCGACAACCUUAUUAACUUUCUUGAGCUCAUUAGGUUAGCAAUAUCUUAUCUGCAGGAUUGUUACAUUGACAUCUGCUCGCCAGAAGUACUUAGCCUAUUUACAGACAAUUUUGACUACCAACAUCUCCGGCGUCAUUUUGUUAAGGGAUUGCUUGUUGAUGAUAUAAUGGGGUACAAAAUUUUUGUUCAUGAAAUUCACUCAGACUAUGCUGCAAGGGUUGAUAAUUUCCGAAGUUAUGACACUGUCAGCAAGGAUAUAAUUCAUCGAUGGACAUAUCCACUGGUGCCAGAUGUAAUGAAUUUUGGCAAAACAGCUACUAAACUUGAACGACAAGGAAUGUACCGUGCUUUGGAAAUAUCACAAUCGCAGUCUGCAGUUAUUGGCCCUUUCACGGUCAUAGGAUCUGGCACCAAAAUUGGGAAUAACACUAAAAUUUCAAAUUCUGUUAUUGGUGAAGGAUGUAAAAUUGGAUCAAAUGUUAUCAUAGAGGGAUGCUAUAUAUGGGAUAACAUCAGCAUAGAAGAUGGCUGUAAACUCCAGCAUGCAAUUGUAUGUGAUGGGGUGAUUAUAAAGUCAGGGGCUGUUCUGGAACCUGGUGUUAUUUUGUCUUUUAAGGUUGUAGUUGGGCCAGAGUUUAUUGUUCCUCCAUAUUCAAAGGUAUCUCUACUUCAGCAGCCAAUUGAGGAGGACAGUGACGAGGAGCUUGAAUAUGCUGAUAGUACUAGUGUCAUGGGCAGCCAGGUGGAUAAAUCAGAUGAGAUUACUUCCAAAGUAUUGGAGACACAUUUUACUCCUGCGUCGGAGCUUGGUAUGGGUGGGGCGGGUCAUGUUUGGUCAACAUGUGAAAGUGGCCAUGAAGAAGAGUGGAGGCAUUCAGUGGCGCCUAUUCCUAAAGAUAAAAUUAUGGAGGCAAUUAAAACUAUGGAAGAUGAUCUGGGGUUUAUUCAUGAUGAUAGUUUUCUCCCACCUUCUGGUGAGCUGAUACCUAAUUCUAAUGAUUCAGAUGAUGAUGAUCAUGAAGAUUCUAGGGAUGACUCUUAUUACUUUGAGAAAGAGGUUGAAGCAACUUUUCUCAGGGCUGUGCAUGAAAACAUACAGGAAAGCCAUUUGAUCUUAGAAAUCAAUUCUUUGAAGUUGUCGUACAAUAAACUAACUUCUGAUUGUGCCGGAGCUUUAUUUUAUGCCAUGAUGAAGUGUGCUUUAGACAUCCCCCAUAGUUCAGCUGAUGGUUUGCUUCAAAAUGUUCAGGUUGUAUUUACAAAGUGGAAAAAGGCUUUGACAUCCUAUCUGAAUGACAAAGAUGAGCAGAUUGAAGUAAUACUAAAAUUUGAGGAAAUGUGUUUGGAAUCGGCUAAGGAGUUUGCUCCAUUGUUCACAACGAUUUUGCACCAAUUGUAUAAUGACGAUGUUGUAGAAGAAAAUGCUAUUUUGAGUUGGGAAGAUGAGAAAAAAGAUGCUGAUGAGGCAGAUAAAGUUUUUGUUAAGCAGGCCCAAAAAUUGAUUCAAUGGACUCUAAUGGAUGAGUAA